ACAGGGUGACACGCCCCUGGCGGUGUGGCACGUCGUACGCUAUUCCACGUCGCAGCUCCCCGGAGCCCCAAUGGUAGGCGGCUGCGUGUGCAAGCAAGGCCGUAGAAAGAUGGCGGCGCCCGUCCUGAGAGUGUCUACCCCUCGAUGGGAAAGAAUAGCCCGGCUGCUUGUCUGCCUGUUGGGCAUCCUGCUCUCACUUUAUGCCUUUCAUGUGGAAAGCGAAAAGGCGAGGGACCCGAAUUACAAGGCAAUGUGCGACGUGAGCAACUCAAUGAGUUGCUCUAAAGUGUUCUCCUCCAGGUGGGGUCGAGGGUUUGGACUGUUGGGCUCAAUCUUUGGUAAAGACAGUGCAAUGAACCAGCCAAACAGCGUCUAUGGAAUUUUCUUUUAUGCAUGUCAGCUGUUACUAGGAAUGACCGUCAGCGCAAUGGCAGCGCUGAUCCUCAUGACCACGUCCAUUGCGUCAGUCGUGGGGUCGCUGUACCUCGGCUACAUCCUCUACUUCGUCUUGAAGGACUUCUGCCUCGUCUGCAUCACCACGUAUGCACUGAACUUCAUCCUGUUUGUCCUCAACUACAAGCGACUGGUUUACUUGAAUGAAGCUUGGAAGCAGCAACUCCAAGCUAAGCAAGACUAAACAAAAGCAAAAGAGGUAAAAUGAAAGUAAAACAAAACGACAACAAACAAAAAAAAGAAAGAAAUGUGACCUCUGAACUUUUGACUCGCCAUCAGGAGACCUUGCUUCCAAACAAUGUUUAUUCUGCAGAUUAAAAAAAAUCUAAACGAUAAAAAAUGCCACCACUUUGGGGACAGAGAUCACAAGUACCGUGCAUACAAAGGAAGGAUUUAAAGAAACAUAAAAUGAACUUUUUUUUUCCUUUUAUUUUUGUGUUUUUCUGUUUUGUUCCCCAGUAUGUUCUUUCAUAAGGGAUGGGCUUUUUGGAAAAAAAAAAAAAACAACAAAAAUGAAUAAAGUGAGCAAGCACUGAUGAAGUUUGACUGGAGGACAUCUUACCAUUGAAGUAGGAAAUUUGAAAGAUGAGAACGGGACUUGAACGGUUUAUACUUGAAACGGAUAGGAAAAAUGAGUUCAUGUUGAUCUCAGCUUUACGUAAAUCUAAAGGAUCUGAAUUGUGGGGAUUAAAAAAAUGCAUGAUCAUGGAGUUAUUUCAUAAUUCACAAUUGUGAUUCCCUGAAAAGAGAUCAAAUGGAAUAACACCAUAAUUUUUUUUGUUUACAGAAAGUUGUGAAGAGGACCACUAAUAUAAAAUAUGGGAGAAUGUGUAUUUUUUUUGCAAUUUUGUAAAUAGCGGCUUAGCAAUAUUCCAAGCUAGAUUGUGUUUUAGUCUUUGAAACAGACGUUAAAAAUAUACAGAUUUUUGAGUCCUCUGGAUGAAUAUUACCAGAAUGUAUUUGCAGUUGGUGUGCAACCAUCUUAAUUUCUGAAAUCAAAGCAAGGAACACGGCAUGCUAUUUUGAGUUGUAUGGACGAUUGAUGCCCACUGACCAAUCUCAGCUGUCUGUCCUCAGAAGUCAGUGGAGUAAAAAAAAAAGAAGCUUGUUUUAGUCCUCCUUCAGACUUCAGAUGUUGACCAGAGGAACUUCCAGUUUGGCACCUUUCUUUUGGAAUCAAUACACGUGUAAAGCAUUCCUGACAUCAUACCUGGAGAGGAACACAGGUCAUAGUGUGCAAGUACAAAUCUAUGACUUCCUGUUGAAGUUAGGUAGACUUAAUGGGGAAAAAAAGUGUGGUAAUUUUCAUAGUAUUCAAGUUUUCAGGCAGUUGAACAGUUUAUGGAAUAAUUAAUCCAAGGCCAAAAAAUUAGAAGUUCACUUUCUUUCGUAAGAUGCUGUUGCUGUGAUUUCAUUAUUUCCCCCAUCUUUCCUUAUUCCUCCCUAUUUGGAAUUCCUGGUCACAAUUUUAAGUCCAACAUUGGUCCAACAUCCUCUGUUAGUACUGGUGAAGGCACUCCUGGCACAGCUGGUGCAGACUUGCUAGCGUGCGAUAAGGCGAGGAUAACCUGCUGACUGAAACCCUACCUCCCUGAGAGACGACUUUGCUGCCCCAUGGGGCUGCUGACCACUGUAGGCACUGGCAGAGUCAGGGUAUGAUUCCAGACCAUGGGGUGCAUCACUGUACUGAAGUCAAGUGCUUUAGUAGAAUACGCCACCCAACAGCCCACUUCGUUUGGUCACCGACACCCUUAUAGUCACUUUUAAAUCUUGCACAUUCUGCAACUGAUUUGUCUGUUAGUACCUGCCGUACAGGCACAGCCAGAAAGCCUGGCUUAUGCCCACAGCCUUCCAUCCAACGCUUCAUCCAGUACCCUGCAUUGCCGCCCAACAUGUAUGAUAAAACAACCUCAUGUGACUGCCCAUAAAUUCUGUGAAAUGGAGGAGAAACUUAUGGACCCACAACUCAUAAAAUGUUUUUAAAAUUGUGUAUAUUACAGUGAAGUUAAAUUUUGUUUGGGGAGGGGGGGGAGGGGGGGUGGUUGUCAGUUUUUGUCCAUGCGUAUGUACACAUGCACUCUCCUUCCAUGGGCUGGGCGAUCAUAUUUGAAGAGUUGAAGUUAAUGUAUAUUGUUAAUAAAAGGGGUACAGUAUCUAGCUGGUGCUAUUCACAGAGAACUUUGGCAUGGUAAAAAAAACUGGUUGUUUCAAGAAAGAAUUUUAGUUUUCCAUGCAGAGUUUUGACUUUUUAGAAGAGUUAAUUCUGCAUGAUGAGAAGGAAGUGCUAAGCUUUUGCUUCAUCCAAAUGAUGUACACACUGUGAUCAUGAUAAUAGAUAAAUAAACGUAUAAAGUCAAUCUGCUCAAAGCUCAAACUGAUUAUUAGGCUUGUAUAAUGAGGCAACAACUGUAAACUUACCUGUCAUCGUCAUGCUUUUAUUACCCAAUAGUUUCAACUCCCUGUGCGUUAGUGAAUGACUUCAGAAAUCCCUUUUGAAAAUAUGCUUUCUCAAGCACCAUAGGGCUAGCAAGCUAAAAUUCUGAAAAAUGACAUUAUGGCAUAGAUCUGGAAUAACUUCACAUCUUUUCAUGAUCACGCUCCAUACAAAUGUUAUCUGUGCUGUGAAUGGGACCUAGCAUUCUUGAACUGGUUCUCAAUAAUAAAAAGCAAACCAUAGAAAGUAUACUAAAAAAACAAAACGGUUGACGCAAACAUGUAUGGUGGAUCUUGUGAGUUGGUUGCCAACAAUGCAUUCUUGAUGUCGAUGAUGCCCAAGCAAUUUGUGCCAUUAUUUUAUUUGCAUAGCAGCAAUUGUUAGCAAGAAGGCUGGUGGUAGCUACAGAGAAUUCUCUCAAAUACUGUGGGACUGUGUAAUACUGAUUGUGAUAAAAAGGACAUAAACCAUUAUGGUUUUAAGGUCAAUGUUGAAAUGUAAAUGUUAAUACAAGGUUACUGCUUUUUCAAUGAGGUUAUUUGUACUGGGUUGUCUUGCAGAAGAGGUGAUGGGUUUAGUGGUGGAAAAUGGUACAAAGUUAUCUAAUUGGUUCUUUUUCAAGCAGACAAACCAAAAUGUGUAACAAAUUUCCUGUAGGAUUCGCCUGGAAAAAGUCAUACGGUUAAGACGAACAAAUAAAUGCAGCAAAAUUUUGUAUUUAUUUAAAUGUGUGGUAAAAGUAUGGUAUCGCUAUUUUGCGAGAGAGGAAUCCGGUUUACUGCAGGUGAUUGGGGUCGCACCAGUGAUACCACAGAAUGUGCCUUCUGCACUGACUGGGCCCCGGACAGUCAUUCCUUACGCAGCAGAAAAUGGCCGCCGAUAGUCCCGCCCACCCUUUUAAGGUGUAGUCUGAUUACCCCAAAAUCCCCCAGCACCAUGUAAUUUGCUCCUAAUGGAUGUCGUUAUAGAGUAGACCAAUCAAACUGUCUCAAAAGAACAGUGGCUCCUGUAAAAUUUUUUUUUUUUUUUUUUUUUGCUUUUAGUAGUAAUCAUGUCAAUAUUUUGUUUGUCUCAAACUCCAAGAAUGUUUAAACUGACCUUUUUUUGUUGUCUCAACUGUGACUAAGUAAAGAGUUUAUUUCUCUCCUAAUGUUAUAAGAAGGGGCAUUUAUGGUUAAAUUUACUGUGCCCUUUAGCUGUGUAGACUUAACACUAUAGGUUAUUUUAUUAGGAAAAAAACAACAAACAGGAUUGGAGGUUGGGGAUUCCAUGUGUCAGCGUCAAUUUUUUUUUUUUUUAAUCAGUUUUUGUGGAGGAAAACUGUUUUUAGGUUUUUGCUUCUGUAUUUGCCAAAUAUGUUGUUCAAAAUGCUGUAUUUUCUUACAUGGAAAAGUGUUACAUGAUGGGUAGGAUGACACAAACACGAAAAACCAAUUGAUGAAAUCCACCAUUAGAUUCUGUAUAUGACAAAAUGUUGCGUGUGAUGACAACGGUGAACAUUAAAAUCGUGUCAUUGUCGUGUGGAAGUGGUCUACCAUUAAAACAUUCCCUCUGAA